AUGGCUCUGUUUUCACUUGCUACGGCGAUCCUUGCCUUUGCGUUGUCUGGUCUAACAACUGCUCACCCUACGUGCAAAUCUACGACAUUCAAACACCUCACACUCAAAGACAUUCAAGUCUUGCAUCUAAAUGUCACCGCUAUGAGAAAGGUCCAAGUGACCUUGACCGCAACGCAAGUCGGCUUUGGUCCUGGAGGAAGCACAGGCGACAGAACCGCUGAAAUCGACUACUGUCGGAUCGCUCUUCAAUACAUGCACCCUGGCCAACACGACACCGUCAAUACAUAUAUCGGACUCCCUAUGUUUGAGUCGGCAUGGAACAACCGAUUCUUGAUGAAUGGUGGCGGGGGCUGGAGAGCGGGUGACGAUACCGUAAUUCUUGCUCCCGUUGCUGCUGGUUUUGCUUCCUCAUCCACCGAUGGCGGACAUAAUAUCACGACACCCACUGCGCAAUGGGGCCUCGUGAGUGAAGGCAAUGUCAACUGGCCUGCAUUGCAAGACUUUUCUAGCGUGGCGCUGGAUGAAGCUGCGACAUUGGGCAAAAUGGCCGCCAACAUUUAUUUUGGUUCUCUCCCCAAGUUUUCCUACUGGAACGGCUGCUCUACUGGCGGUCGUCAGGGCCAUAUGAUGGCUCAGAGAUAUCCGAAGCAGUUUGAUGGCAUCGUCGCUGGUUGUCCAGCGAUCAACUGGCAACGAUUUAUCCCGGCGGAAGUCUGGCCUGUUAUCGUGGCUCAAAUUCUGGAUACUCGUCCCCCAGGCUGCGUUCUAGAUGCGUUCAAAGAUGCAGCCAUCGGAGCGUGUGACGAGAUGGACGGGGUUACGGAUGGUAUCAUUUCCGAUCCGUCGUGGUGCGAUUUCGAUCCCUAUUCAGUCGUCGGACAAACUGUCCACUGCGAGAACCCAAAGGCCUCAAUUAAAAUCACCACGAAGAUGGCCAGUCUCGUAGAAGAGAUUUGGAGAGGGCCGACGACAAGGGACGGAAAGUUCCUAUGGUACGGACUUCAACAAGACGCCAAUAUGACGUUGCUUCUCAACACCGCUUGCACAAGCCCGCAAGAUUGCAAGAUAAAUCCUUUCUCCAUCGCGUUCGACUGGGUGCAAGUCUUCUUGAACAAGACCAGGAACCCUUCUUUCACCCUUGAUGGCGUAACCAGAAGGGAGUAUGAGCGAUACUUCCGCGAAUCUAUCCGUAAAUACGGCUCCGUUAUUGGAACCGACGACCCGGAUCUAACCCAGUUCAAAAACGCAGGCGGAAAGAUGAUUACAUGGCACGGCAUGCAAGACCCCCUCAUCAUGCCAAACGGCACUGUCGACUACUACAAGCGUGUUUUGGAACAUGAUGUUAACGCUGCCGACUUCUACCGAUUGUUUCUCGCACCAGGUGUCGGCCACUGCGGCGGUGGCGUCGGGUUUGAUCCUAGCGGUACUGUGUUUGACGCCAUCAGGGACUGGGUUGAAAGGGACAAAGAGCCAGAGGUGCUGACUGGCUUCGGACAAGCGGUGGGAAAGAAGCCGCAAGGCAAGACUCGAGGGGUUGAGCUGUGUGCGUAUCCGAAGCAGCUCAGAUACAACGGCCCGGAUCCGAACAAAGCGUCGUCGUUUACUUGUCGAUGAGACUAUUUGCCAAAGAGGUGAACUGGCAUGGGGGCUACCUGAAUAUGUGGUUGGCUUGACUGGGGUUUGGUAGGUUAUUAUUCUAUUCCUAUUCCCUUGAUCAGUUGCCGAAGCGGGUACGGGUGGAUUGGACUAAGGUUUCAACAUCUCUCAAGGCCAUAAGUGGAUAUAUUAGGGGGAUCUCUGGGGCUGAUUUUGAAGGGCCUAACCACAUCAACAUCAACAUCAACAUCAUGAUCAUCAGCAGCU